AUGGCCAAGAGCGGGCGUUCAAGCACUCGCAAAGCGAACAACAGGCGCCUGGCGGCCACAGUCUUCGGCCCUGCCGAGACUGCUCGCGCCGAGCGCCUGUCGGCCAAACUGCAGGAACUGGCCAAGCAGCCCAAACCCGAGACGUCCGAUGCCAACAUGGAGGGUAAGUCCGACGAGAUCACAAAGAAGCCUCCAUCGAGUGAAACUAAUUCAAGUGCGCCAACAAAAGACGCCGACGUCGAGGCAGAAGCUGCCGAUGCCGGUGACGCCGUUGCCAUGGAUGUCGACAAGAAGCGCGCAGCAUCAAAGCGCAUCGGCCGAAAGCGAAUCGAUAAGCGAAAGCCGAAGAAGGCCUCCAUCGUGUUCCCCAAGUACAGCGACAGGGUCAAGGCCAAGAAGAACAAGAAGAAGGCAUAA